AUGGAUGGGACAGAACGUUGGACAUUGGCAAUGUUAGAAGCAUUGUUAUCGGUUGACUAUGUAGUACUUAAGGAGCUUGUAGCUCAUGUAAUGGAACUUCGGUCAGCAGAGGCAUCAACUGCGUAUUUUAAAGAUUUAUUGGGUGAAUCAGCUGCAGUAAAUGAUUUCAUAAGUGAGUUUAAUAGCAGACGGUUUGGUAUACGUGGUGAAAUGGAUAUUUCUUUAGAAGAAAAAGGUAUAGAAAUGGGAGAGAUGGAAGGACUAUUUAAAGGCCAAAUGUCGGGAAAAAUAAGACCAUAUAGAGAGAAGACGAAUGUGGGAAGAAUAAAACAGGCUAAAACUUCAGAUAAAUGUUUGCAUUCAGUUUUCAACGAGUCUCUAGCACCAAUAAGGGCAAAUGGAAUAGAAACAGCUUUAGAAGAAAAGUCAGUAACAACACCAAAAGUUUCAGCAUUUUGUGGUUCUUCUUUGGAAGCUUCUGAUGGUUCAAGUCAAUUCCGUGAAAGAAAGCCAAAGUUGGGGAUUUUGACAUCUGAACUUGGUAUGAAGAAACCAAAAAAAAUGGAUCUGAAGCUUGCGUCUCUUUCGGAUAUUGAUUCUGCGUUGAAACGUUUAGAAUUGAGUGAAAUUAAGUCUCAGGGUCGAAAAAAAUGCUAUUGUCAAGCACGAAAGCAUCCUUUAAAUCAUUUAGUUCCUAACUGUUUAAUAUGUGGAAAGAUUAUAUGUGUUGUGGAAGGCAUUAAUUCAUGUAGUUUUUGUAAUACUCCUCUUUUGUCACGGGAACAGCAAAUGGAUCUGGUUAGACAGCUUCGUAUGGAAAGGUCUCAUAUUUUAGGACAGAAAUCGAAAAAACCUGCAAUUGGCAAAGAUACAAAACAGCUUUAUUCUACAUGUUAUGUAGGAUACAACAGCAUUAACAAAGAUGAAUUUGAAAAAAAGGCACAAGAUGCUGAAAAUGACAAAAACAGACUUCUCGAAUUGGACCGGGCUAAUAUGAUAGAUAAAAUAAUAGAUGAGGCAUCGGAUUUUGAUCCUUUGGCUGGACCCGAUCGCUGGGCAACUCCUGCUGAGCGUUUUCUUAUGCUCGAAAAACAAAGAAAAGCAUUAGCUUCUAUGAAUGCUCCUAAAAAAAAAGUUAUGACAAUUGAUCUCUCAGGAAAAGUUACUAUAGAUACACCAAGCACAGAUGAUGAAGAUAAUAUGAAUGAUGAUAUUAAGGAAAAAAGCAAUUUUCCGUCUUCUAAAUUUGAACAUUCUUAUCUAUCUCAUAACGGAUCAUCUAUGCCAGUAUUUUUAAUUACAGAACGAACAAAUGUUAAAAAUAUUUCUAAUGAGUUAGAUUAUACACUGAAGUCACAAAUACCUAGGGUUCAAGAUGAUAGAGAUUGA